AUGCCUGCUAUCUACGAUAAACUCGCCCAACGGGCCAUCGAGGAGGUGCCCCAUCUCGCCAAGCGCAGCCUGUCGGUCAACCACACGCAGUCGGUGACGCUGGGGGUCAUGGCGGUCUAUGUUGUGGUGAUUGCGUUGCUGUGGAAUCUGCCCUACGUUCGCUGGUCGCUAUGGCCGUUCAAGAUGCUGGUCAUCGCCUUCCAUGAAUUCGGCCAUGCCAUUACCGCAUGUUGCACCGGAGGCCGAGUCAAAUCCAUCACUCUCGAUCCGCAUGAAGGAGGUGCCACCACCAUGCAAGGCGGAAUCAGCGCCAUCACUCUUCCAGCGGGAUAUCUUGGAUCGUCGAUUAUCGGCGCUCUCUUGAUUUUUGCGGGCUUUGACAUUGUCGCCAGCAAGAUCGCCAGUAUUGUUCUCGGUGUUUGCUUCCUGCUUACCCUCUGGUGGGCCCGCAGGGACUGGCUGACUAUCAUGACCGUCCUUCUUGCGGUUGGAUUGCUGGUCGCUUGUUGGUUUAUUGCCCAUGGAGAGGCGUUGCGAUGGGUGGUGCUCUUUAUUGGUGUCAUGUCCGCUCUCUACAGUGUUUGGGAUAUUUGCGACGAUCUCAUUCUCCGCAAAGUCAACACAUCCGACGCCAGCGUCUUCGCCCAGAAGUACGGCGGAUCCUCUCAGUGCUGGGGCGUCAUCUGGUCCUUCAUCUCGCUCGCCUUUAUGGCGAUCGGCAUCAUCGGUGGAAUCGCAGCAUUCCCCGAAUCAUUCAGCCAGCAGGAGAAGGAUUCGCAGAAUUUUAUCCCGACUCGCCGAAUGUGGUGA